AUGCGCUCUAACUUCAUUUACAAAACGGAGUGACGAUGAACCUGGGUAAAUGUUUGAAAGAGUUUGACGAGCUGUUGAUAGUUAAAAUUAAAGAAAAUCCGUGUCUGUACAAUCACAAAUCGAAGGAUUUAAGAAGUCAAACGACCAAACAAAACGCAUGGCGUUCCGUGGCUAGAGAUUUGGGAGUCGACGAAAAUAAGUGCCGGAGAAGAUGGCGAUUGAUCCGUGACACCUACGUUCGUUACAAAAAAGCUCAAAGUCAAGAGAGUCCCAGCCAAAAACACUUAAAAAAAGAGGAUAAUCCUGUUAUGGAUUGUUUGAACUUUCUGGAUGCUUUUGUAAAACAUAGAAGGAUGAUUAAAAAUGAGCAGUUAGAUGAAACAAACAGUCCAGUUGAUUAUGACGAAGGGUUUGGCCAGGAGAACCCAGCCACAGCUCUGACUGGGGACAGUGACAAUGACAACGAUAAUGUAUCUUCCGAUUCUCUCAACACGCCUUAUGAUGCCUUUACAGAAAACAGCUUUCAAGUGCCUUCCAGUGGAGACUAUUUUUCAUUUUCAAAAAUAAAGCGAGAAGACAACUUGCUAACUGAAAGAAAUAUGUUUCCAGAUCGAGUAUUAUACAACAGCUUAAUGAAUGGAGACCACAAUCAUCAAAAAAAUAUCGAUGAGUUGGACUGCUUCGUUAAAUCAGUAUCUGGGACUCUGCAUCGCUUCACACCAAAACAGCAAGCCAUAGCUAAGGUGAAGAUUCAACAGCUGCUGUUAGAUAUUGAAUUUGGUGAUGAGAACUCGACAUCAGUAUUGGAGCCUAACUUGCAGACUGCAAAAAACACUUGAAUCAUCUGAUCACUUUUUCAUUUUAUAUUGGCUCAAUUACUAAAUUAUAAUACUUGAACUUUCACGUUGAUUCGUUUGUUCAAAGUUGGGUGGCUUAUUGAAAUUCUACUCUUCAGUUCUACAUCGUUGUUUCAGAAAGUUAUUUUCAAUUUUCAAACAUAGCAGUACAUUAAAUCAUAUGCUGCAUGUCUGUCCACUAUGUUAUGUAGUUUAUAUUUUCUGUUAAAUAUUUAUUGAGAUUUUGUUUUCAAAUGAUGCUGAAAAUACAAAUAAAAAAAAAUUGCGUUUAAA